UCACGGGGGACGUGCCUCGCACCGAGCUGCAGGCGUUCGUGGGAAACCUGCCUCGCUCGUACACCGAGGAGGUGCUGCUCGAGGAGCUCUGGGACGGCGGCUUUCGCCGCGGGGCCGACUUCGACGCGCUGCGGAUGGUCGAGGACGGCGCCCGCCUUGGGUGCGUCAUCGCUUUCCGGACGGCCUUCGCGAGGAACGCCUUCGUGGCCGCCUUCCACGGCAGGAAGCUGCGCGGAGCCUCCGGCCGGGCCGAGGACGUGGUGACCGUGACCGCAGCGCCAGCCGCAGGUCCGGCGAGGCCGCCGGGGCCGCCGAGCAGGCAGUGGAGCACGGUGCCCUUGGCAAUGCAGCUGAAGGCCGUGCGCGCGCUGCCCUGUGCGCUGGCGUCGGCGGUGCCGCCGGGCACGCAGGGGCACGCCGCGCCUGCGGCGUCGCCGGGCAAGGCCUUCUGGCACGCGGGCCAGGACACGAUGUUCUGCCCCUCGUGCGGGGACAGGCAGGCCAUGUCGUCGAAGUUCUGCGGCGCUUGCGGGACUCGUCUGCCCCAGAUGCUGCUGCUGCUCGGCUCGUGAGGGGGAGGUCCCCUCGCGGGGAGUGGCGCAGCAGACAGCCGCCGGGGGGAGGGGUGAGGGGAUCCUCCUCGUCCUCGACUCCUGGGCGGCACGCAGGCCGCACGAAAAAGAAAGCACAG